CUUAUUGGAUAAUCCAGCCAUCUGUUUGACCCGACCCGUUAAAAUCCCCAGAAACACCCUUAAACCCUAAAUCGUCCGAUCUCAUCUCUUUGACUUGAAUGUUCCAAUGGCGUCUUCUUCUAAAAUCUGCAGAUUAUCAUCAAAGAUUCAUUCUUUAACCCAGAAGCUUAGCAAGACGAAUGUUCACGCUUCCUCCUUACCCUCUCCCAUUAAAUCUUCAUCUCCAUCCUCAGCAACCACUCGUAUCAAUCAAUCUUUUAGAUUACCAGUGGAGCUAAGUAGCUGUCUAUCGAUGUUGCCACUACACAGUGCUAUAGCAUCUGCCAGAUUGAUAUCAAGUUUGUCUGUUGAGUCUAAGAGCUGGACUUUAGUUCCUCAAGGUAUUUCGAUGCCUUUAUGACAACAAGCUUGGGGUAGGAUAAAGACAUGAAAUGUAAACAAAAACUCGGGUUGUAUCGUUCUUGUCAUCUCUUAUCAAAUCCGAAAGGUCCUGAAUUUAGAACAGGUCCUAAAACUCACUGCUUAAAUUCUUUCAUUUUCGAGUUGUCUUUUUGCGUUGUUAUAACUUAUAAGCAACUGAGUGAUCAGUGUAAUGUUGCUGGCUAGAUUACAGUUGUCAAUGUAGUGUCUGAUCUUAACCAUAUGAGUCAUAGAUCAUCAGACCCUUCUUUAAA